CACGGCAAAGAGGCUGGUUGUCCGCCUGAGCAACUGCCUGGUACCAAUGGUGGGCGACACCAUCGCCGAAGUCACAUCAAACGCAGCCGCGAAGCCAGUCGAAUGAAUGCAACCCCUAAACCCAUUUCUCAGCGCCUUCUCGAAGAGCCCGAUCCUCGGCCAGUGCCUGCCGCCCCAACAACACAUCCUCCUCGUCCCCACCGCCGAUGUCCUGCUCAACUCCCGUGACGCCGAGACGGGAGCGCCGCUGGUGGCCUCCAUAGUCUCCGAUGAGUUUCUGGCAAGCCACGUGUUGCGCAUACCCAUACCAAAGGCCCCCGCGAACGGCGGGAAGGAUGCGGCCCAGAACCUUCGCGAGAUGCGGGGGAAGCCCAAGGUGUUCAACACUUUCAAUGGCAGAAGUCUCGUCAUCAAGGACAACAACAUCUAUACCAACAAGGGCUUCAAGCUGCUGGUGCAAGCGAACCUCCUCCAUGAUGUCGUCUGGUAUCCCGAUACCCUCGAUCCCCGGCCGCUCCUGAUCUACUACAUAUCACGCCCGCUGGUGGGCGCGUGGGAGGAAGUCAAGGUGAUACCGGCCGUGCUGCCGCCUCCCCGCGAGGAAUCUAGCCGUCCUGCCAACACGCCGGGAGAGGCCCGGGAACCUGCCGGCUCGCCAAAGAAGAAGGACAUCAAAACCUUCCAUGAGCUGCUCAACCACUUCCCCGCCAUUGCGAAGCAGAUGCAGGCCGGCCUGGAGAAGCUGUUCCGCGAGUUUACGCAGGUCUUCGAACGCCCGCUACCGCCCCCGCCAUCGGCCAAGGACAUCCCGGAUCCCGAGCCAGACGGCCCAGUAGCGACAGCGACAAAGAGGGCGAGAGCUAACAGCGAUCUGAGUCAGGGUGCUUCUAAGGGGGCCAAUGGUACGCAAGCCUUGGCCGACAGUUUCCAGGACGACGAGACUGUCUUGAGGACUGCCUUGGAGUCAGCCGUCACGAGUGCUAUUGACCUCUUCCAGAGCGUUGAUAGGCAGCAACUCUCGCUAUUGGGCGCGACGACAGAUCUGACGGGGCCGGUCGUCGAACGCCUGAUUGAGCGCUACAUCGCCGAGAACGUGCACCACAUGUUGUUUCCCCGGCUGGCUGCGCUUAGACGGCAGGAAGACCUCGAGCUAGAGGCGAAAAUCAGGCAGAUGGACUUCAUCGAUAUCUCGCAGCUGGGGAUCGUGAUUGACGGAGGCAGCCGUGCCAAAAGAGACGUUGUGAACAGGCUCGGGCGGGCUGUCGAGGAGUUCCGGAAGAUGCCCAAUGCCAGUUGCCCCCAGGAAAUGAUGGAGAUCCUUCUUUCAACGGUCAAGGCAGCAACCCACUUUACCGAUCCGGCGGAUCACGGCCAAGCACCAGGCCCGGCGUCUGAGAAGCCCGCCAUGACGGUCAACGCAGACACACUGGUCUCGCUGUUGCUCUACGUGGUGAUAAAAGCGCAAGUCAAGCAUCUACAGGCCAGGCUCACCUACAUCCAUAACUUCAUCUUUAUCGACGAUGUCGAAAGCGGCGAGAUGGGCUAUGCCCUCAGCACGUUCGAAGCGGUAUUGUCCUACCUCGACCGCGAGUCGGGGGGCUUGCGGAGAGCGAGCCGGCGGAACCGGGCUCUUUGGGACGCCACAUCGAAAGGCGAUCUGUCAGAGCUGAGGAAGAUCAUGGAACCGGACGAGGACGCCAUUGAGGACGAUGAGGGCGUGUUCGCGUCACCUCACUCUCGGAGGCAGUCAUUGAGCGGCUGGAGCUUCGCGAAUGGAAAUUCGAGGCGGUCCUCAUUGAGCUUUUCCGCUUCGGAAAGGUUCUCCCUGGGAUCCGGUCUAAGCCACGUGUUCCCCUUCCAGAGUGGGACGAACACGGAUGCAGACGACGCCUCCGUACCUUCUCCGCCUAAACGAGUGAAGAAGGUAGCCAUGGACACUAGAAGUAUGUCAAGCGGGUCCGAGAUCUCGUUCCGGUCCAUGCCCAUGAGCAUUGGCUCGUUAGGCGGCGUUGAAGGCGAUACAUCCAUCGAGCGGCUAUCGCAGACCCAAGAUGCGUUUGGAGAGUCGGUGCCUAUGAUGGCAAUCCAAAACAGACAGCCAGAGGCUCUGAGAUACUUGCUCACGCUGCGGCAGUACUACUCUCCCGAGGUGAUCAUGAACGACCAGAACAACGAGGGCACGACACUGUUCAGCGCGGCUGUGCAGAUAGGAGACGAGACGAUUGUGAACACCGUCCUCGACUUCGUGCUGGACUCGGCAGACGACGACAAGGUCCGCGAGUACCUCGCAAUCCAGGACACCUGGGGCAGGAGCGCCGCACACUACCUGUUUCACGCACCGUUUCUAAUACAACGGAUUGGCCGGAUGCUGCCGUGGCGGCAAAAGGACAAGAACGGGCAGACGCCCCUUUUCGCGUUGUGCCGGUCCUACGACCACCCAAACUACUCUACCAUGGUCCAAGAAGCAUUGGAGGCGGCCACCAAGAGCCAAGGAGAUGGACAGCCACUGCAUCUGGACAACCACGUGGACAUCAAGGGGAACACUCUACUUCACAUCGUCAACGAUGUUAAUCUGGCGAUGAAGAUACUCCAAAAGUGCGACGUCGACGUCAACGCGACGAACGAAAAGAAGUUCACGGCCUUGAUGCUGGCCAGCAAAUACGGCCGUUUCGACAUGGUCCGCACGCUGUUUGGUGAUCCUCGCGUCGACACAGGGGCGAAAGAACUGAGGGGCCUGACGGCAGUCGAGCUGGCGAAGGACGACGAGCUGCGGAACAAGAUUGACGACCUUGUGUUGUUCUCUCUCAUGCCCGGCACGGAUUCCCGCACGACCGGUGUCGUGAGGGCCUUCUUUGUCGAGGACGCCUCGAUCCGCUUCGUGCUCAAGUCCGGCGCGCCGGUAGAUACGCAAAGCUAUGCGGUCACAACCUGUCGGCGGUCGCUGACUGACUUUGAGCACUUGGCUAAGCUGCUGCAGAUGGAGAAUCCGGCGUCGUGGAUCCCGUCCCUCGCGGACCUGCGCUCGCCGACGCAGAUCCCGUCGCGGCCGAGCCGGGCCGUGUUGAAGGACCUCCAGGUCAAAAUGGACUGGUUCUUGCGCGUCCUGCUGCAGCACCCGACGUUUGCCACGCACGAGAUGCUGUGGGAGUUCUUCCUGGUACCGGACCUGCAGCUGGACAUGAUGGCGGAGCGAAGCAAGCUCAAGGCGGACGCGCUGAUGGAGAAGGUGCACGACGAAUUCGAGCCGGUUGAGGACUUGCGCGAGGUGGAGCAGUUCGUCGACCACGCGCGGGACAUGGUGCGUAGCGUGCAUUUCUCUACGAGGAGUGUUGCCAGGCGGGCAAACGUGGUCGGCAACGUCGUCAAUGAUCUGCACGAGGCAUCAUCACUCUUCUCCCGCACGCUGUCGACCCUCACGUUCCUUCCGCCGUCCCACAUCUCAGCGUUCACAACUUACGUCCGCGCCCUCGCUCCGUUGCAGACCUCCCCACACGCCACCUUCUUCACGACCUUCCUCACCCUCUACAACAACGUCGAAUCCGUCCUCCGGGCCCUCGCCCGCCCACCGCAAACCAUCUCGCGGAUCCACGCCGUCCGCCGCGAGGCCGAGCGCAGCUACAGCUCCCUUUCGCGCUCGUCGCGCUGGCCGCUGGGGCUGAGUCUGCUCGACGACACCCGCCAGCGCAUGAACGAGGAGCGCGAGGAAAAAGCCCGGCGCAGCGAAGGGGAGGCGGAGAGGCUGAGCCGCGAGCUAAGGUAUGCGCAGCAGACUGUCGCCGGCGAGCUCGCCGGCUGGAGGGACAUGCAUGAAAAGAUGGGGCGGAGGGCGAUCAGGGAGUUGGCGAGGGGGAUGGUGAUUUGUGAGCGCAUGCGGUUGGACGGGAUGCAAAGGGCGCUGAGGAUCGUGAGGGAAGGGCAAGGGAGCGGUGGUGACGGGAAGGGGGCCUUGCUGGUGGGUGAGGGUGGAAGGGCAGCGAGAGGGCAUGGUGGUGGUGUGAAGAGGAGGGCUGGUGGUUCACCGCUUGUUCACAGCAUCAGCGUCGAGGGAAAUAGUGAAACGGCCGAGGUGGGGGAGGCAAGCGGGAGCUGGUGAGAAAGAGAAAGAAGAAGUUCCAAGCUGUCUCUCUCUGUGCGCGUGUGGGUGUGUUGUGUGUUGUGCGGGUGGCGAGGUGGGUGUGGGGCCGUGAUGUUGGGGCGAGAGGCCGAGACCGACAAGGCGGUGACGCGUCGGACAAGACGACGGACGCGUUCGAGGCUUUUGAGACUUGAGCCUUGCGUUUUUUCGGGGGGGAACCGAUUCCGCCCGCCCGCCGAAAGAAAGUACCUUACCUAAUACCACACCGCCGCCCGGUCCGGGCGGGGAGACG